AUGGCGGCAAAUUUCACGGAGGCCGACAUCGACCAGUUUAUCAAGGACCUAGGGGCUACACUAAAUGAUCCAACCGCCAUAGCCAGGUACAAGAUCUGCUCCGACUUAGGGUAUGAACUGUUUCCCCUAAAUGAUGACAUCUUAAAGCUAGGAGAACAAGUCGGAAAGGUCAACAGGGAAUACCGGACCAGCAAGAAUAGUGCUAAACCUACCCAGGAUGAAUAUAAUGCGUGGAUUAAAGCUGCUCAGCUUGAGGGAUUGGAUGUCUCGCAACUUGAGUUUGAGAAGUGCGGUAAGGUGGACUUCCUAUACCGUAAGCUGCAGGUUUAA